GUUUCUACACGGAACCAUUGAGGUGGUGCACGUUGACUAUCUGAAGUGUUUUGUUGUUUAUUUUUUUGGUUUAUUUCUAAGAUAAAAACGUUUACUGCAACGUAAUGUUUAUUUAACAGUUAAAGAGACGUGGUCGUUUUCGAGUCGAGAACUGGUUCAGUAUUAUAGUUCGUAUUUCUGCAGUCGCGCUGAUAAAGAAAAUGAAUGACUGGAGUCCUCUGGCGAAGGUCUAUGACCCCCUAAAGGCUGGCAGUAUUGACGGCACUGAUGUGGAGCCCCAUGACCGGGCGAUAUGGAGGGCAAUGAAUGCCCAGUACCGGCCAAACAAAGGCGUAACAGGUGACCCUCAGCUAACACUGUUUGUUGCACGACUGAACAAGCAGACUUCUGAAGAGGACCUCAGGAAUGUAUUCUCUAAAUUUGGAGAUAUCCGCAGACUGCAACUUAUCCGAGACAUUGUCACAGGUUUCUCUAAGGGAUAUGCCUUUAUUGAGUACAAGGAGGAACGGUCUCUGAUGAAGGCGUGGCGAGACGCUAACAAGAUGGUGGUAGACCAGCACGAACUCUUUGUGGACUUUGAGCUAGAGCGCACUCUGCAGGGCUGGAUCCCCCGGCGCCUCGGAGGGGGUCUUGGAGGGAAGAAAGAGUCUGGACAGCUGAGGUUCGGAGGCAGGGACAGACCAUUCAGGAGACCCAUCAACCUGACUGGGCCAGUGCCACAGGGAAGACCCGCUGAACGCAGGUGGGAUGGUGGCGGAGGGCGGGAGGACAGGCAAAGGGACAGAGACGUGUCCCCAGGCCAGGACCGAGACUACGGCCGACGCCGCGAGCGGAGAGAUGAAUGGGAUCGGGGAGCUAGAGAUCACCAUAAAGACAGGAGGGACUCCAGGCGAUACAGGGAUAGGAGUAAUGAGAGAGACUCAAACAGAGGAAAGGAGGAAAGAAGGUAUCGGGACUCGUACAGGGAUUCUGAAAGAAGAUAGCUUGACCAAUACAUGGGGGUUUUCCACAAAGCAGGAUUUCACACUAAAACUGGGUAACUUGAGCCCAAAGGUAAUAGCCCAACAUAAAUAUAAUUUACCUCCAUUUACGCAUCUGCCUAUUCAGCCCACAGCAGUUUAGCCCCACUCAUUCAUUCACAUUAAUGUUAUAAGGAGUGUUUCAGCCUGGACUGCUUUUUAAAUGAGCCACAAUACAGAUCAGUCAGUCAGAAGAGAUGUGUCUUAAAGGUGACAAAACCAGCCUGUUUAAUUUUGAGGAAUGAAAAGAGGUUAUAACAGGGUUAUAACCUUAAUUUUACUGUGCAAAAGUCACACCACCCUUCAUUUACUUAAUUUGCAGUCAAAAUGGCAAUUUAGCACAAGUUAAUAAUUUUUCAGCAUCAGGAAAAAAGCAGUAGAUGUAUUUAAUUAAAAAAUGUAAACAUCAACCGUGAU